GAGGAAAGAAACAAUCCCCGGAUCCCAAAAUAACCGGCUGGGAUUGGGUGUGGGUGUGUGUGCAAGGAGUGGUCUGAGUGUGGUAACGUGUAAGAAGCCCUAUAUAGAUCUGCGACCCCGUAUCACCAGACCGGACCAGAUCCCUCUAGAUAUAUUCAUCCCCGUGCCCCCGACAAUCCUCGAUCUGAUUCUUCUUCUCUUUUUCUUUCUUCUUCUUUCAUCAUGUCCGAGCAGACCAACAACCCUUCGUCCAACCCUUCCACCCCUCAACAAGAGAACACUCCCGGCUCCCCCCAGCCCAAGGAGGAAGAACAGUCGGAGCAGCAGCAGCAGCAGGAAGAUCAACCCGAAGUAAAGCAAGAAGAAGACGAGGAAGAAGAAGAAGAAGAAGAAGACAAGAAGCAAGAAGACCCUCAACCCAAACAAGAAGAGCCCGAAUCCGACGGCCCUCAACCCAAGCAAGAACCGCAGUCCGACAGCAACAGCAAACCCAAGAAGGACCCGCAGCAGCGCAAACGCCGUUCGCGUCCUCCAAAACUGCGCCAACAAGAAGAAGGCGGCGAUGGCAAAGACGAGCAAUUGCGUCUUCGUCUCGAUCUCAACCUCGAUAUCGAAGUCCAGCUCAAGGCCAAGAUUCAUGGUGAUUUGACGCUGGGGUUGAACUAACACGCCUUCUUUUCGACUCGAUUUUCUCCCUCUCUCCCGUGCUUUUCUUCCUUCUUCGAAAAUUCCAGAUCUACGACGAUAUUGCUUUCCGAAAGUGUUUCUUUUCUAAAGGAGGGAUUCGAUAGAA